CCUGGUCUGAGCUCCGCCUUCCUUCUAUCAUUCCCACAAGGCAGCAGGAGCAGAGAGCAGCCAUUGCUGUGUCUGGCAGCAGGAUUAAACAGUAGUGAAGAAGACAUCCUGUGAGCGUGAGACACCCAGCAGCCAUCCUCUUGUGUCAGGAGGACUUAUAAGGACCCAGAGCCCAAUCACGGAGGGGGAGUAUAUAGAGGAACACAGGGGUCUGUACAAGGACGUGAUGAUGGAGAAUCACCGGCCCCUCACAUCACUGGAUGGGCCCAGUAACAGAGAUACCCCAGGGAGAUGUCCCUGUCCUCUGUAUUCCCAGGAUUGUACAGAGGAGAAUCACAGGAUCCCACAGGAGGAUCAGGUAGAACGUCUGUCUGAUAUUAAAACAGAAGAUAUAGAGGAAGAAGAAGAGACGUAUCUGAGAGGUGAUCAGCAGUGUAAGGAGGAGGAAAUUCCUACAGAUAUCAGCACAGGGUCCACAGUAGUAUCCACAGGAUAUACAUUGGGAUUGGCACCAACUAAGCUUUCGGCCUCCCAGAAUGCAACAGGCUCUUCCACAGAUACGGAGACAGUUCCACUGGAGGGGGAGUAUAUAGAGGAACACAGGGGUCUGUUCAAGGACGUGAUGAUGGAGAAUCACCGGCCCCUCACAUCACUGGAUGGACCCAGUAACAGAGAUACCCCGGAGAGAUGUCCCCGUCCUCUCUAUUCCCAGGAUUGUACAGAGGAGAAUCACAGGAUCCCACAGGAGGAUCAGGUAGAACGUCUUUAUCGUAUAAAGGCAAAAGAUAUAGAGGGAGAAGAAGAGACGUAUGUGACUGAUAUGAACGCAGACGAUAUAGAGGGAGAAGAAGAGACAUAUGUGACUGAUAUAAAGGCAGAAGAUAUAAGGAGAGAAGAAGAGACGUAUGUGACUAAUAUAAAGGCAGAAGAUAUAGAGAGAGAGGAAGAGACGUAUGUGACUGAUAUAAAGGCAGAAGAUAUAGAGGGAGAAGAAGAGACGUAUGUGACUGAUAUAAAGGCAGAAGAUACAGAAGGAGAAGAAGAGACGUAUGUGACGGAUAUAAAGGCAGAAGAUACAGAGGGAGAAGAAGAGACAUACGUGACGGAUAUAAAGGCAGAAGAUAUAGAGGGAGAAGAAGAGACGUAUGUGAGGGGUGAUCUGCAGUGUAAGGAGGAGGAGAUCCCUACAGAUAUCAGCACAGCAGAUGGACACACAAGCAGGAAUAUCUCAGAAGGACAUCUAAUGUUAUCCCCAGAUUGUGAAAUAAAAGAUAAUGACAGUAGACAGGAUUCUCCAGCUGCUAACCCCAUUACCCCAAUUAUACAUCCAGCUCUAUCAGCUGAUCCCUCUGAUCCUGGGAAAUGUUCUCCUGAUCACUCUGAUAUUGGUGCAUCUGAUACAGCUCUGAGAGUAGAUACAGUGUUUCCCUGUUCUAUAGAUGCCAGAUGUUUUGCACAGAACACAAAGCGUAUUACCAAUCAGCCAGUUAAGGCAGGUGAAAAGCCAUUUCCAUGUUCUGUGUGUGGGAAAUGUUUUACAUAUAAAUCGGCUCUUGUUACACAUCAGAGAAGUCACACAGGUGAGCGGUCAUUUCCAUGUUCUGAGUGUGGCAAAUAUUUUACAUAUAAAUCAAAUCUUGUUAGACAUGAGAGAAGUCACACAGGUGAGAAGCCAUAUUCCUGUUCUGAGUGUGGGAAAUGUUUUACACAGAAAACAGCUCUUAUUGGACAUGAGAGAAGUCACACAGGUGAAAAGCCAUAUUCCUGUUCUGAGUGUAGAAAAUGUUUUGUACGGAAAUCACGUCUUGUUGCACAUCAGAGAACUCACACAGGUGAGAAACCAUUUCCAUGUUCUGAGUGUGGGAAAUGUUUUGCCCAGAAAUCAGCUCUUAUUGGACAUGAGAGAAGUCACACAGGUGAGAAGCCAUAUUCCUGUUCUGAGUGUAGGAAAUGUUUUGCAACUAAAUCAUUUCUUGUUAUACACCAGAGAAGUCACACAGGUGAGAAGCCGUAUUCCUGUUCUGAGUGUGGGAAAUGUUUUGCACAGAGAUCACAUUUUGUUAUUCAUCAGUAUGCUCACACAGGUGAGAGGCCAUUUUCCUGUUCUGAGUGUGGGAAAUGUUUCGCACAUAAAUCAGUUCUUGCUACACAUCAGAGAAGUCACACAGGUGAGAAGCCAUAUUCCUGUUCUGAGUGUAGGAAAUGUUUUCCACAGAAAUCACUUCUUGUUAUACAUCAGAGUAGUCACACAGGUGAGAAGCCACUUCCAUGUUCUGAGUGUGGGAAAUUGUUUUCAUUGAAAUCAAAUCUUAUUAGACAUCAGAGAAGUCACAUAGGUGAGAAGCCAUAUUCCUGUUCUGAGUGUAGGAAAUGUUUUGCACGGAAAUCAUCUCUUGUUAUACAUCAGAGAAGUCACACAGGUGAGAAGCCGUAUUCCUGUUCUGAGUGUGGGAAAUGUUUUGCACACAAAUCACAUUUUGUUAUUCAUCAGCAUGCUCACACAGGUGAGAUGCCAUUUUCCUGUUCUAUGUGUGGGAAAUGUUUCGCACAGAAAUCAGCUCUUGUUACACAUCAGAGAAGUCACACAGGUGAGAGGCCAUUUUCCUGUUCUGAGUGUGGGAAAUGUUUUGUACGGAAAUCAGCUCUUGUUACACAUCAGAGAAGUCACACAGGUGAGAAGCCGUAUUCCUGUUCUGAGUGUAAGAAAUGUUUUGCACGGAAAUCAGAUCUUGUUCCACAUCAGAGAAGUCAUACAGGUGAGAAGCCGUAUUCCUGUUUUGAGUGUGGGAAAUGUUUUGCAUAUAAAUCAAAUCUUGUUACACAUCAGAGGAGUCACACAGAUGAGAAGCCAUUUUCCUGUGGUGAGAGAAAUAAAUCUGCUCUUGUUGAACAUAUUAGACAUUACCCAAGUACGGAACCAUUUAAAUCUUCUGGAGUAUAAUUAUCACUGUCAUGCAAUGUUCGUUAAGAGUGAAUCCUAUCUCCUAUGCUUUAUAAAAUAUACAUGCUACCACUGGGUGAUGUAAUCAGACGUCAUGGCCUGGUCUACCACUGCUAUGCAGAUGACCUGCUCUUUGCUCCAUGUACUGAGAACCUAAUACCAAUCCUAAAUAGUUGUCUAGCUGAGCGCCAGGGGUGGAUGAUGCCAGCCCAGCAUUACAUGGUCCAAGGUACCAGAAGCAGCUUCUGCCUCCUUACUGCUCUGCUUGCUUGCUUCUACAGAUGAAAGACUGUUACCAGCAGUACCAAGAAUCUCCUGUAAUUCAGUAAUUCAUUUAAGGGUUGAACGUUUAGCUUUGCAGCCCUGACCAUGGAACUCACUGCCUUGCACAGUCCAAGAGACCACCACUCUAGAGACCUUCACAAACAGACUAAUGACUGUUACUCACGCUUUUCAUUAAUGUACCUCUAUUUACUUCCUAAAUAAUACAUCCCAAAUGCUUAGGUCUUUUUUUCUGCUGUUUAUUUUGUAUCUUGUGCUUUGUAUAAUUGUGAGUGUCUAAUACCAGUUUGCACAAUCUGUAUUGCUGCACGACAAUAUGGCGGCCAUUGGAACGUGUUUUCACUUCUAGUUUGCCUAACUUGUUGCAGACACUCAUCUUGAUCAGGAGUGUCGAGUGUUUUCUGAUACAAGAUCCUAUCCAUAUAUACCCUGUACAUUAUCAUGUGCAUUAGAGUCACCCGGGUUCCAUCUGCAGUGGUUUGUUGUAUGUUACGUCUAUAUGGUGCGGAUACUCCUCUGUAUGAUUUCAUAAUA